UAUACUGUACUGCGUAUAACUUGUAUUGAAAACUUCGUCGGUCAUGUCGGUGACGGGAAAUAUCUGCUGGCAAAAUCGGACGAAAUUUCCGCAUAUUUGAAUGAUUUGCAACCAUGUGAUUCACAACGUCGAACGCUUUGCUCACACGGAACUAAACAGUAAUGGCAAUUGCCAGAGAUAAAGAACUGUUCAUCGGAGACGAGCUUUCUGCGAGUUCGUUACGGGAUCUCCAACUGCGAUUCCCCGAAAUUCCCACAGAUGUCGUUUCCUCUUUCCUGAAAAAGAAUGGAGGCAACAUGAGUCGCUGUAUUGAAGAGCUUGAACACGCUAGCCCGUCCUACAUGUACGGUGAAUUUGUCAGCCACGAUACCCCUGCCCAUGAAGAUCAGAUGACACAAAACACCCCACCGAGAACAAGAGUCGGUGCAGCAGCUUACCCAUCUCAGUUUUACUCCCCAGAGCGUGGGGUGCCGGUGCACGCACCCAAUACAGACCUGUAUUACCCCCAGGGUUUUCACCAUAUGAGGGUCGAGGAUCCCGAAAGGACACCCCAGCCAAGCUACACCAGUUGGGCAUCCUUGGAAACCGGGGUUCCCGGCUUGGAAAUGCCAGUCGAAACCCGGCAGAAUCCACUAAGUGUUGCUGCGGAACAGAGGCAUGUGACUUCAUGCACAUUAGAUAUACAGAAACCGCCUCUGAGGACAGUGAGCGCACCCAAUGCUGAGAUUGGGCAGAGUGGUAGCCCAGUGCCAGUGGGUUCCCGCUAUGCUGAAGGGGAUGCCCUGCUCAGGCAGUCCAGCCAUGCCAGCAGUCUGUAUGGGAGGACGACGGCCAAUGGCUUGGAGCAAAGGAUGGACCCGAAGGACUUCCCCUUUGAGCCACGUCCUUCCUGGCAGGAGGACCCCCAGCCAUUUGCCAUGGCUGGCCAUGAAGCUGUCGGCGACAGGUGGAUGCCAUCUCAGCCGAAGGUCAGGCCCACGGAGUCAGGCUCGGGCAUCCAGAUUGCCACCUCUUACCAGCUUGACCCCUUGCAGCCGUCCAGCCCAGCCACCAAGCCUCGUAAAGGCAAACCGAGUCCCUCGUCAUCGGCGGUAGCAUCGUACAGCAAAGCGACAGAGAAAAUCUCGUUCAACCCAAACCUCUCUAGGACACCUGCUCAGGAGCCUUUGAGAGCUUCCUCAAUGCCCAACGAUGGGGCUGCAGCUCACCAAACGGCAGCCAACCUAUCAGGCACAAGUUUGGGCGGGGGGGAGCCUGAUCCUCCCAAGAGGAAGGAGAGAUCAAAACGGAAGGAUGCCAAUCUUGCUCCUCCAAGUCUUCAACAAGAAAGAUCAGCAUCCAAAGAAAAAGAAGAUCAGGCCUACACAGAAGCAUUAAUAAUGCACCAGAGAGCGCGAUAUGAACGUCUCUCAAAAGAGCUGGAAGACGAGAGGAAAAGCCUGGCCUUCAUGAGAGAUGAGACCUCCCACAUGGAGAACGAGGUCACCCUCAAACGGAAGAACCACCGGGCGCCCUUUCCAACGCCGGAGGAAAUUGGCAAGCUACGAGAGCAGAAACAUCAGCUGCAGAUUGACAUUGAGUGCAUGACGCGAGAGAUAGAAUCCUACAAAAGCCAAGGUUUAAUGGACGUCGCCAAAGCAACAAGUUUCUAUGGCAACAUUGGGUCGACCGGCGCACCUGGGCCAGUGCCACCGAUCGUAUCCCAAAGCAAUGCCAUCCCUGAGAAUAUCACUCAAAUAGAUACAGAGGUUCCUCCACCUCCUUAUGAAUCCUUGAUGUGGAGUUGCUCUGCGUGUACCCUGCUGAACCACCCAGACCUGGACAAGUGUGAAUGCUGCGAGAUGCCACGGGACAAAUAGAGCACCCAAGGGGGGCCCUGGACGGGCAACCUGCCCUCGUGGCAGCAACCUCAGUGGGAGAUCAUGCCCGGAUGUCCCUGUCUGCUGCGAUUGGCCAAAGUUGGAUUCAACACGGGUAGGUACCGUGCGGGCAUUAUGUGUUGGCCCCAUGAAGUCACGACAGCAGGUAGCUGUCCCCAGGCGUUGGUUGAUCUUGGACUGUGUGUGUAGCUCUUGGCUGUCUCAUCGUGAUGCUGUGGAAGAUCCUCAAGUGACAACAUUCUGGACCAAGUUUGAUGAGCGACCAACUCUCAACCACUAAUCGAUUCUGCCCGGUAACCUAUGUAUGAAAUGCAUUGUGAAUACCAGGCAAAAUUAGCAAGUGGUUGACAGAUGGUCGCUUAAUCAAACUUGGCUCAUGAUGAUCGAAAAAGGAUAAAAGAGACAUCAACAAAAGCUGAGGUAGAGAGCACUUUUGAAAUAGAAGCCGGAAUUCGUGGUAACCAGUGAAGUACCGGCAGUGUCUUGUUCCCAGGAGUCCAUAAUCACUUUCUUAUAGUGCUGGAGUAGCUCCUAUUGAUAACCAGUCUCUCACCAAGUUCGAGACAGCAUGUGUACACUGUACGUGUGUCAUGUAUUGGCAUAGCACCUGCGCUUCCUGUACACAAACUCCAUUUGCAAACACCUUGUGGUCUGGUUCCUUUAGAGGAAUGGCACGUACAGAGCAACGAACACAGUAGAACCCUCCAUGUGGGGCUGUUAGACUGCAUCAGUGAUUUUUACAUCAGUCUAUUAACAUCAGUACCACCACAAGCCUGGCAGUCAGCUGUUUUUCCUGACGUCUUUACCUUCCAAUUUAGAAAUAUUUGGGGAAGAGAAAUGGUGCAAGCUUAAUUUUCUUUGAGUUAAAGGUACGUGUACAGGAAUAUGUAUUACGUGACGUUUGAGACAGCACGUUGUAAGCGUCUUUAAGAAGCAGUUGGCUCACAAUCACUUCAUAUGCUGUGUUGGUCUUGUAAUGUGUUCCAGUUCAGUAAAUUUUGUGAGAUAUCGGUCCUUUUGUGUGUUGUUGUUUUUUUUUCUGUGAAAUUCCACCCUUGCCCUCUGCCCUUCCAUCACGCAGGAAAGCCAAUACUGGGUCAGUAAAUUCUAGCUAAGGGCUCGGCAAAAUGUACACACCUAGGCAAGCCUCCAGGAAGUGGCUGCCGGGGCCUCCUGGGAAUGGAAACACAUGCUGUUGCCAGAUUUUUGUUCUCCGUGCAUCUUGAAUAAUCUCUCGCCAAAAAUUACUGUUCAAAAUGGCAUCCAGUCAUUUGGAAUUGAAGCUCCGAUGCUCAGAAAGACAAGAACCUGUGUUUUACAGUCUUGAAAUUGCCCAUGAUUAGCAAAACAAGGUUGAUGAAGAAUUAUGCCUAACCAGACAUGUUUUCUCAGUGGAGUCUUUCUAAUGACUUUGAAUUUACAAAAGGACACAGUUUAUUCAGAAUAAAGAGUCAGCACAUUCAGUUAUUUAUACCGCCAGUGUUGAUUUCCUUUCAGGGUGAUAUUCUUGCAGUCAAGAUCCUACUUUUAGUAUAAUCAAGUACUGUUUCUGAUAUCGUUAUGAUGUAAUUUUAAUAGUCUCCCCACAAGCCACUCUACGAGGUAACAAUUUACCCGGUAAUAAUGUUCAGGCUACCAAUUGGCCCAACGGUCUUUUGCGGGUGGUUUAACAUUUCUGUUGACAAUUUUGUCUGACUUUGGAAAGAGCCUUUUUUCUUCCAAUUGAACAUAAACUUUUACGCGAAGCUUUUCCUAUUUUACAGAAGUAUGCUUUGUAAACAACGGUAAAUAAUUUCGUUUGAAAUUUAAAUGUAAAAAUAACUAUCAAGUUGCCUGGGUCCAAUUUCGUGGCAGUGCUUAGCAUGCGAUUUCAUGCUUACAGAGGCUCCGCUUUUUUCAUGGAGACCGUAAGCAAUGAGCACAGCCAAAGGCAUGUUAACCUUGGAGGAAAGAUUUGCUUAAACUUGGUGAUGUAACAAUUGAAUUCUCUAAACGCACGUAACCACUAGCACAACCAUGCCAAGUACCACCGUGAAAUAGUGCUGAAGGCUUUCUGAUAACUGUUAAGCGGCUCCGUGAAAUUGGGCCGUGAGCCUUACAUCCAGUUUAAAAUGCUCUGUGAUUCAAAUGAUGUGACAGGUCACUUGUUCAGCCUAAUAAUAUAUUGUAAAAUGCUCUUUUGACCAGCGGAAGCCCAGUAUUCUGAAAUGUAAUUUGAGAAAUUGAGUCACUGAACUGCCAGAGAAUUCGGCAACCAACGCUCAGUAGAUAAGACAUAUGGGAACCGGGUCUAAUGAAGCUGCACGGAAGUUUUGUAGUAGAACAAGUUGCAGUAGUAGAUGCUGCGAUGGCCAUUCACAUAUUCUUUGCUAGAAAAAAAUGAAGGGUACGUAUAUACAUUCAAAUUGAAGUUAGAGUAGGUCUUUUUCCGACUGGUUUUUCCUCGUCUGUCUAAGCUCUGCAUGCCCUUUUGCAGUAGUCCAUCGCUUCACCAGUAUCUCAAAUAAGUUCAUGCAUUUCAGUUUUUGUUCAUACCUGUACGAAGAAACUUAAGUGAAAGAAGCAGCAGCAGCCCUUUAAAGUUGUGUUUUGGGAGGAGUCAUGUUCGUGUAUGUGCUGCCUCACUACGUCAGCUGAACGUAUCAGUUGUUUCGAAGGUUGGCCUCUUUGAUAGCUUGGCUUUUGCUGUUCUGGAAGCAUACGGCAAUACACUGUCAUUUCAGAAGAUGUUAAUUGGGCACAAGACGUUUGAUCAUACCUCUUUCCUACUACAUGUGUAGGGCUAAUUCCAGAAAUUAGGGGUCCAAAAUUGUGACAUGUUAGUGUUCCCUGUUAAUCUGACCUUUGUUAUUUGACAUGGAAACAUCAUCGGAGUUGAUCUCAAACUACAUGUAUUAGUAUUUCUUUGGC